CGAAUCUGUCAAUCGAAUUGGAAUUAUCCAUUGAAAAAUGAAUCAAGCAAAUCCGAGUAUCUACGACCUGGCUUACGAGGGUAAGACCACAGCUGUAAUGAAGCUAAUGACCGAGAACGAGACGUUGAAGACACAAACUGACAGUAAUGGCCGAAUGCUCCUGCAUUGGGCUGCACUUGGAGGACAUCAUGAUCUGGUGCAAUUCCUCCUCUCUCUGGGGGCUCCUGUUGAUCCUGGAGACGAUGUGAGUAAUUUUAUUCCCUUCAAUCACACUCUACACUUAGUCCAGUAUGACUUGCGCAUUCGCCGCUGUCUUGGAUCUCAUUCAAAACGCGCGGAAUUCGACGGAUUGAAAGAGUGCGCAGCAUCAGCGGGUCGUGAGAAAGUCGUGGUGAUUUUAAUAACCGAAGGGGCCAAUGUUAAUGCCCAAACAAUUGACGGGCAUUCGGCACUGCAAUACGCUGCCAGUAAAAAUUGGCAUUCAAUCUGUCUGAAACUUAUCGAGAAGGGAGCGGAUGUCAAUAUCAUUGACAACCGAGGGGCCACCCCACUCCACCGAGCUGCUUCCAAGGGAAAUAUCGAAAUUGUCAAGAUGCUUUUGGCUCAGGGAAGCCGAUUAAAAAUCGACAAAACUGAUGCUUAUGGCAACUCCGCUCUCCAUUUGGCAUGCGAGGAAGACAGGAACGCAGAGGCAAAACUCUUAGUCUCCCACGGCGCUAAUUUAGAGCUGACAAAUAGAGAAAAAAAGAUUCCCCUGGACCUGUGCACUCCGACUCUAGCGCGACAGCUGAAAGCACUCAAGGAAAAGCCGGAAUAAUCCCCCCCCUCCAUUAUUUUCAAUUUUCUAAAUGAGGGGGAGAAAAAAAUUAAAAAAAAAAGAAAAACAUUGUGGCACAGUGGAAAAAUCCUCAAGCUCAAUAAUUAAAUUCUAAUUGAUUACAAGUUUCGUUAAUAUUCAAUACCCAAUAAAUAAAGUUCUCAUCUUUUCUAAAUUCCAUGUUUAUUAUAUCCUUAUGUAUUUAGAUGCAACUGUUAUUACCAUUUUCUAUAUAAAAAUGUAUCAAAAUUCAUUUCAUGAAUACAACCUACGAUUUUUCAUCUUAUUUUAAUUAUUCGAUGGCCACUUACUGUCGUUUCACGUGGAAUUCAUCCCUCAAAACAUCACAGAUGGAAUUAUUUUCCCUCGUUACCCCACGAAUAAUCACCAAGUGACCAAUGAAUCACUUAUAUACACAAUUCACAUUCUUCUUCACUCCAUUUCUCAAAAGCCGUUUCAUGAUCGCUUCCACUCAAAAAUAUACGAAUUCAAGUCUGCCAAAUGUCUCUGAAUACAAAGUUACUCAUUAUUUUUUCCUACUUCGAUAAAUUUGUAAAAAUCGUGAGUAAAAAAAUCAUGGUUUCGUUUCUAGUUUCGUUUCUUCCUUGAUUUCAGUUCAGUUGAUUAAUUUCUGUUUAUUGUUCGUUUUCAUAGAAAUAAAUGCGAAAAUCAGACCAAUUUAACAUCCCUAACACGACAGGAAGAAAUUGCAAACAAAUCAUCAAGAUUUAAAUAUGUGCCAAAACUAAAUGGAUAUUCAACAUCCAAUAUCUCAAUAUCAACCGUGUGAAAUUCACCGUCUCUCUUCUCAUUUUCAAGAUACCAUUCCACACUUUGAAAAUAAGGAAAAGACUUAUCUAAAUCGCGUCACUCAAUCCCAAGAUAUUGAUAAUUGAAUCCCAUCGAUUCUGCAUCUCCCACGAAAUUCAAUUCCCCACGUCAUGAAAUCCUUCUCAUUUCACCUCAACAGUUCGCAGAUGACGAAAAAUCGAGAGGCAUGAUUUAAGUACACCCCAAGACUCCCAAAAAAAAAAAAAUCAUAAAAAAACCCUUAACUUCAUUCUUGUUUUAUUCUCAAAAGAAAAAAAUGCAAAUGUAUAAAGAUUGAAAAGGGAAAAUCCCUCUAUUUUCAUUAAAUAUAUAUUAUACAUAUAAUAAUGCCGAAAAAUCUGUGUAAAUGCAUGUGCGGGUACAUUCGUAUAAAAGAUGGUAAAAAAAGAAUGAGAGAAUGGGAGCCUUCACCCCGCAGAAAGGAGAAAUACUGGAAGCAAAGGUAAAUGCCAAAUCGUGAAAUCUUUCAAAAUUUCAAAUUUUCAUAACACAAAAUUGCUCCACCUAUUCUCCCUUCGAAAUCAUGAUUAAAAAAAAAAAA